GGAAGUUCUCGCUCAACCUUCGUCUUUGCCUCACUCUCUUCCGGAUGAAUACAUCAACUUCGCCUCCUUCUUCUCCUACUGCUCUGCACGACGAAUGGGAGCUUGUGAACGACGAGGCAGAAAUCAUCGCGCCACUGGCGACGACACCCGAAGCGAAAUCGGAGGGAUCAGAGCACGAGGAGGAGGCAAUAAAGCACGAGCCCCCCGAGGGUUAUCUGCCUAUUCGACUGCGCCAGGGUGAAGAGAUCCGACCAGCCUGGUUCAAGGCUACACAGCAAGUUGACGAUUUUGUCAGCAAGUUUUUCACGGACCAGCUCGCAAAUGAAAAGAAAAUCAGACUGAUUUAUAUGGGCAUGCUACUACUACCCAGUCGCUCCAUGGGCGAGUACGGCAUUGAGGAGAACGGUGUGAUCCACUGCGUCAUUACCGAUGCCCCCCCAAUGCCCCACCCGCAAGCAGCACUCCAAACGAAUCUCAAGGUUUUGAACCCACAAAACUCUUUGCUGGUUCUCACAGGCAUUUUCCUGUACGGCCUGUGGACGCUCUUCUACUACUUCCCGCAGUUUUUUUCAUGGAAAUCGUUAGUCUUGUUGGCACUCUUCAGUGCGAUUCACGUUUCAGCAGUGGUUUCCCGUAUCACCACCUCCUGA